AUGCUCAUCGUGUCAUUGUCACGUAUCGUGCUGUUAUUAAUCAUCCUUAUAUUGAUUGCAUUUCUAACGAACAAUAGCAAUUGUGAUCAGGAUGAUAAUAGUCGAACACACAUUCAUCGUUAUUAUCCACCAGAAUUUCGUGCUGCACAUAGUCCACCAUAUGAUUAUAUCUAUAUACCAGGUGAUAUUUUACUUGGUGGCUUUUUCCCUAUUCAUCAACCACCAUCGAAUGAAUUUGGUUCUAAUCAAUGUACAGCUAUUAAACGUGAACGUGGUAUUCAGCGUCUCGAAGCAAUGUUAUUUGCAUUAGAUGUUAUUAAUAAUCGAUCAUCGUAUUCAAUGUCUUCGAUACUUAAUAAAUAUAAUCUACGUUUCGGUGCAUUAAUAUAUGAUUCAUGUGAUUAUGAAUCUUAUGCAGUUGAACGUGCUCUUAAUAUGUUAUUACCAUCACUUAAUCAAUGUAUGUCAUUAACUAAAGAAAACCAUUCAUCAUCAUUUAUUGCUGGUGUUAUUGGUAGUGCCUCAAGUAUUGUUUCAAUGGCGAUUGCAGACAUUCUUCGUUUAGCUGAGGUGGUCAGUAUUAUUCAAUUUCUCAAUUGGACUUAUGUUGCUGUUAUUAAAGAAACUGGUUCCUAUGGUGAACGUCUGACAGAUGAUUUUAAAUCAAAACUAAAAAAUAAAACAAUUUGUAUUGCCGGUGAAUUGUCAGUUAAUAUAAAAGAUUCCAAUUCUUAUGUACGUGUUAUAAAAGAAUUAUAUGAUGAUGAAAAAUAUCGUUUUGUUGUUGGUGUUAUCGUUUUUGCACAAGAAGAUUCUGUUAGGCAAAUACUCAAUCAAACAUCACAUAAACAAUUAAAUGGUCGAUGGGUUUUUCUUGGUACAGAUGGUUGGGGAAAAAAAUGGUAUCCAGUAGAAAAUUUUGGACGUGCUGCUAUUAAUGCAAUAACAAUAGCUCCAAAAUUAUAUUUAAUUUCAGAAUUCGAUAAUUAUUUUAAUAAUUUAAAACCAUCAAAAAAUACUCGAAAUCCAUGGUUUCGAGAAUAUUGGGAGGAAACAUAUAAAUGUAAAUUUGAAGAAACACCAAAAACUAUAUUUAAUCAAAAUUAUACACGUUUAUGUUCAGAUAUUGAUAGUACAUAUACGAAUUUAUCUGUACCGUAUUUUCAAGAAGGUUACGUUCAUUAUGUUGUUGAUGCUGUAUUUACACUUGUAAUUUCUAUACAAAAAUUAAUUGAUGAAAAAUGUCCAAAUUCUUCAUUGAUUAAACCAUUAUGUAAAGAACUUUUUCCUUUUGAUGGAAUGAAAUUAAUUACAAUUUUGCGUAAUGUUACUUUUCGUAAUGAAUUAUCAAAACGUAUUAUUAAAUUUGCAAAAAAUGGUGAUGGUAUUGGAACUUAUGAUAUCUUUCAAUAUCAAAUGAUAAAUUCCACUGAUACACUUGAUUAUUUUACUAUUGGUGAAUUUAGUGAUAGUGAUCAAAGUAAUGAAAGUAGAGUUCGUAUUGAUCUUCAAUCAUUAAAAUGGUUUAAAUAUAAUCAUGAAUCAUCUGAAUGGUCUGAAACUUCGAUAACACCUCGAUCAUUUUGUAGUGAAUCUUGUCACUCAGGUGAAAUACGUACAAAUACAGAUUCUCAACAAUGUUGUUGGACAUGUCGUGCAUGUGAAGUAUUUCAUAUAGCUGUCAAUGAAACAAUAUGUUUACCAUGCUCACAAAAAGAAAUACCAAAUUUAAAUUUUUCUAAAUGUAUAUCUAUUGCCGAAGAAUAUCUAUCUAUACAUAAUAUAAUAGCAUGGCCUGCAUUAAUACUUUCAUCAAUUGGUAUUUUAAUGACAAUAUAUACAAUUGUGAUUUUUAUACGUUUUGCUCAAACACCAAUUAUCAAAGCAUCAUCACGUGAAUUAAGUUAUUUUCUAUUAUCUGGUAUAUGUUGUUGUCAUUUAUGUGCAUGGCCACUUAUACUUAAACCACAUUUAUUAACAUGUUUAUUUAUACGUAUUGGUGUUAGUUUAAGUUUAACUAUAUGUUUAGCUGCACUUUUAACAAAAACAAAUCGUUUAGCACGAAUAUUUAAUAAUAGUCAACGUUUAACACAACCAUCAUGUCUUUCACCACGUUCACAAUUAGGUAUAUGUGGUGGAAUUGUUAGUGUACAAUUAAUAGGUGUUCUUCUAUGGAUAAUUAUAUCACCACCAGCAGUUAAAUUAAAAUCUGAAUUAAAACAUAAUCAAAAACGUUUAAUAUUAGUUUGUCAAACCGAUAAUGAAUAUAUAGCUUGUUCAUUAAUUUAUAAUAUGAUACUUGUUAUAUCAUGUACAUUAUAUGCAAUUAAAACACGACAUAUACCAGAAAAUUUUAAUGAAGCUAAACAUAUUGGUUUUGCUAUGUAUUCUAUAUGUAUUAUUUGGUUGGCAUUCAUACCAAUAUUUUUUGGUUUAAGAAGUAGUGAUAAUUGGUUUCGUAUUCAAUUGGUUAGUCUUGCUAUUUGCCUUAGUUUAUCAGCUACUGUUAUACUUUUAUGUUUAUUUGCACCUAAAUUAUAUAUAGUUCUUUUUAAUCCGUCCAAAAAUAUACAUGUGAAAUUCAAAACAACAUUAUCAACACCACCAGCAUCAAUUGAACGUCCAAGCACAAGCAAUAAUCUUGAUGAAUUAGCAGCAGCUGCUAAUCGUCGUCGACGACAUACAUCAACAGAUUAUACGACUGAAGUUUCAUUAUAUACUUCAAAAUCUGAUAGUUCAGCUCUUAAUAUAAAUGAUGAAGCUAUUCAAACAGGUAGUGUCAUUGGUGGUUGUUCAAUUUUAAAUGGUGCAUGUACUGAUGCUGAACGACAUCAACAAUAUCAACAUACAUGUACACAUGAUGAUGAAACAACAGAAUUUUUAUCAAUAUCUAAACAACGUAUGCCAUCAAAUUAUCUUCAACAUUCACCAUUUAAACCUGUAUCAUCAAAUUUAGUUACAACAGCUGAAAAUCCAUGGAAAAAAUUAAGUAAUGUUCGAUACAAACUUGAUGGACAUGGUAAUAAUCAAUGUGAUCAAACACAUUAUCAUCAUGUUCAUGCACAACAUAUCACUUUUGUCUAA